AUGGCGUUGCAAAGCGGCUGGAGUUUAGAAAUAGGAAAGGUCACUGAGUUUCCUGGGUCUCCAGCUCCUGGUGCAGUGAUGAAUGAAAUCAGGGAACUGGCCACUCUGGGCAGUCCGUUCCAGUUGGGAAUGCUGUACGACUGCCGGUCAGACACUCUGAUCCCAGGUGUCACCUUGUGGGACUUAAAGACACUGCAAAGCAACCUUAAUAGUUGUGCUCAGCCCAGCACUGAGUUUCACAUCAUUGCAUCAGACUCCAUGGAGGAGAAAGCCGCUGCACUCAAUGUGUCGGGAUCACUGAAAGCCAGUCUCCUGUGUGGGUUAGUCGAGGUGAAAGGGUCUGCAAAAUAUCUAAAUGACUCAAAGCAAUCAAAGAGACAGGCACGUGUUACCCUUCAGUACAAAACAACAACCAGGUUUGAACAACUGACGAUGAGCCACUUAGGGAGACAGAAUAUUGCCUACUCGAGUGUGUUGGACGAAGGGUCAGCAACCCAUGUCGUUACAGUAGUGCUGUAUGGGGCCCAGGCUUUCUUUGUCUUUGAUCAGAUGCUUUCUUCAGCAGAGAACAUGCAGGAUAUUCAGGGUAAUAUGGAGGCGACAAUUAAAUGUCUUCCAGUGAUUGCAAUUCAGGGUGAUGCAGCCCUAACAAUGACAGAAGAACAGAAGUGUCAUUCGGAGAAAUUUAGCUGCACCUUUUAUGGGGAUUUCUCACUGAAAAGCAACCUCACCACAUUUCAGGAUGCCAUCGGUAUAUAUGCAAGCCUCCCAAGUUUACUGGGAUCAGGUGGGGAGAAUUCAGUGCCCGUGAGUGUCUGGCUCUACCCUCUCAAUAAACUAGACUCAAAAGCUAUUCAGCUGGUGAGGGAGAUAAGCAUGGGAUUGGUCAAUCAGUGCCAGCAGGCCCUGGAACAGUUGAAUGAGACAGUGCAGAGAUGCAAUGAUAUGAUGAAUGACAACGUCACCAUUCAGGACAGGAUACAGCAAUUCCGAGAGAUGUGUCUGGAAUACAAACUGGUUUUCCAGAGGACUUUAGCCAGAGUUUUGCCGUCCAUCCGGGGAGGUGGGGAGGAGGAAGGAUUACUUGUGGAUAUACUGAAGAACAAGGAACAGUCACCAUUCAAACACCAGUCAUUGAUCACAUGGCUGGAUCACAAGGAACGGGAAAUUAGGGUGAUGAGAUUUUACCUCAAGGUAUUGGAUGAUAUUCCUAUUGUAAAAUCAAGGAGAGAGUUGGAUGAAGAAGUGAUGAAUCCAGCAAUAGACUAUGUCGUCUGCUUCACAUUUACAGCAUUGCAUCCGGAGGAUCUCUAUCUGUUAAAGGCAAUCGACUACCUCCGAUCUCACACAGAUCAGAAAAUGCAGACACCAACUCCUGCUAAUGAAGCCUGUGCAACACAACACAGUGAACAGUGGUUUAAUUCACCGUCCACAAAUGAGAAAAUGAAGGACCAAUGUCAGUCAUUCCUGGAUUUUGCCACAGCUAACAAAGAAAAUGGGAAAAUAAAAUUCCUUGUUGCUGCUGUGAAGGAUGACAGCAACCAAGGAGCGUCUAUUUACCUCUGUGAAGGAUGGUCUUUGAAGACCCAGUGCUUUGAACCCCCGUCACAGCCUGAGAGACCUAAGACUAUUGGAACCACACAUGACAGUGUGACUCUGCAGUUACAGCCACCCAGACAUGGUUCUGGUGAGAUUGUUGGUUACACGGUAGAGUACAGAGGGUGGUGGCUGGAGGAAUGGUCAACUCUGCAUACACCUGAUAAAUCCCACUCCGUCACAAUAUCUGGGUUACAGCUACACCAGGAGUAUCAUUUCCGAUACAUAGCAGUGACCAAGGUAGGGGUCAGCAAGGUGAGUGAUAGCUGCAGGGCCAUGACACAUCCUACAAGCCCACCUGGUAAACCGGUCUUGCAGGAUUUUUCAUCCAGAGCAACGCUCUUCUGGGAUGCUCCAAGACAGAUUGGAGCUAAUGUCAAAAUAGUUCAGUACAGGAUUGAGUAUAGAGAAGAAACAGCAGUUGGGUCCAACACGGAGGGCGGACUGUGGGAGGAAGACAAGACAACAGACAGCCAAUGUCACUAUGAUUUCAAGGGUCUGAAACCUAAUGCAGUCUACAGAGUCCGAGUGUCUGCUGACUGUGGAGAAGCAAGUUCCAGUGCACCAAGUGAAGCAGUUUCAGCAAAGAUAGGAAAUGAAGCAACCAGAAUAGCCCAGAAACUUCACAGAGAAGCCAAAUUAGUAUCCAAAGGACACCCUUCCAUUUACAAGCUGAACCUGCAGAAGGAAGUGUUUGAUCAGUCCAGACACCUUGAGAAAUGUUCUUUUGGAAAACGCAACAUAAAAUGCACAAUGAAGGCAAUUAUGGUUCUGUGAGCAACAGGGUCGGGGAAAACGACCCUCAUCAAUGGGAUGAUCAACUACAUCUUGGGCGUGGAAUGGACGGACGACUUCAGAUACAUGUUAAUACACGAAGAGACAGGAAAAUCCCAGGCUGAAAGUCAGACAUCCUCCAUCACUGCCUACCAGCUCCACCAUCAGAAAGGAUUUAAAAUCCAUUACUCUCUGACUAUCAUUACGCCUGGAUUCGGAGACACCAGGGGGAUGAGCCGAGAUCAACAGAUCACUGACCACAUCCGUGAGUUUUUCACCUCCCAACAGGGUGUUGAUCAGAUCGAUGCCGUGUGUUUUGUUGCUCAAGCCUCUUUGGCUCGCCUGACUCACACACAGAAAUAUAUCUUCGAUUCAAUUCUUUCUAUUUUUGGCAAAGAUAUUGCAGAGAGCAUUCAUGUACUGGUGACAUUCGCAGAUGGACAGCGUCCUCCAAUUCUAGAGGCUUUGAAAGUAGCUGAGAUACCGUGUCCCAAAGAUGAAAACGGUAUGCCAGUAUACUUCAAGUUAAACAAUUCUGCCAUAUUUGCUCAGCGUCCAGCCUCUGGAAACUCUGCAAACAUGGGAAGUGUCGAUAACAGCAGGAACACAGAAGAGGAUGAUGAUAACUUUGAUGCGAUGUUCUGGAAGAUGGGAGCAAACAGUAUGAUGAAAUUCUUUCGGGCUCUGAACACAAUGAAAGCAAAAAGUUUACUUUUGACCAGAGAGGUUCUGAAGGAACGUCAGCAGCUGGAGGCUGCAGUGGAGGGUUUGCAAAUAAAGAUCCGAGUCGGGCUGACCAAAAUGGAGGAACUGAGGAAAACGCAGCAGGUUAUGAACCAACACCAGACUGAACUGGAUGCAAAUAAAGACUUUGAGUAUGAGGUUGAAAUUACAGUUGCAGUACAGGAGGAUAUCAGUGGGACUGGGAAUUACAUAACCAACUGUCAGAAAUGUUGA